AGGAGAUCGAUUCACGUGCAAAAAAACGCGUCUUCAGCAAAAUCGAGGAAAAAAUAGUAACUAACCAGAACAAUCAAUCAAAAGGAAAUUUCCUAGUCUAUAUACAUCCAUUAUAAAUCCGACAGACUGGCAAGACUUAGUGUAAAAGCUUCGAUCAAUCCACAACAGAGGCCCGUAGCAUUUGCGAAGUAGGAAGAUCAACAUGGCUUAUGGAACUCUGGAAGUGCUCCUGGUCAGUGCCGAGGGGCUCCAGAAUUCUGAUUUCCUCUGCAACAUGGACCCAUAUGUGAUCGUGAAAUGCAGAACUCAGGAACAGAAAAGCAGCGUUUCAUCCGGUCAAGGCAGCAAUCCAGAGUGGAAUGAGAAAUUUGUGUUCACUGUAUCGGAAGGAACUACUGAACUCAUAUUAAAAAUCAUGGAUAGUGAUGCUGCUAACGAGGAUGAUUUCGUGGGAGAGGCCAGUAUCCCAUUGGAGGCACUAUUCAGUGAAGGAAGCCUUCUCCCUACUCCCUACAAUGUUGUACUCCCGGAUAAGACCUACUGUGGGGAGAUCAAAGUAGGCCUCACAUUCACUCCUCAGAAAGAAGAAGAAUAUGGCCAGGAAGCAGGGGAGCAGAUUGGAGGAUGGAAGGAAAGCUCUUACUAAUUAUAUACAUACUAGGGAGCAUGUCUACUAGGCAAAAAAUAAAACUUGGCUCCCUCCAUUGGGGGAGCUUGAUGCAUGUAAUAAACUUAAAUUGGGGUUGUUUUUCCUUAAAGAAAAAGACUCUUUAGUUUUAUCUUAAUUUCCUUCCUGUCCUGUUGAUUGUUGAUUGACUCUUCAUGAUUUAACUAGGAACCUCUAGUUUUUAUGGUUUGAAGAGGACAUCGAUAAUUGUAUGAUAUUUUCUGAAUAACAAGAUAAGACCAUUAAUGCGAUGAA